CUCCGAUCGCCUCCCACGUUACGUUACUUAUCUCUUUUAUCUGAUCCAUCUAUCUGAAAUACAUCACACUCUGUAUACCUUGAUCGCGCUCAGUCGCCCUGUGUCGCCUAUAGUUAUUAUUGAAUCACUACUAAUGACUCAUCCGAAUGACGCAUCCAUCCGAACAGUCAUAAGCCCUUCACACAGCGCCCUUUUCUGAUUUUCGCAUACAUCUUGGAUUGCCUUGGUUUCCUUAUCCUAUAGGAUAAUCCUAUCCGCACCCACCGCAAACAACCGUACUACUUAAACACUAGGCUUUCCCCCGGACCUCCCCAUUAUCUCGGACUUACUAGCACCAUAAUUCCGCCAGCACUACCUUGUCCGUUCAACCUCAUAUCGUCGCUAUGGACUCUACCGAAGCCGAGCUCGAAUCUUUCCGUCAGCGGUGGAGAGAAGAAGUAUCUGCCAGAGCGAAGGAUAAGCAGCCACGGUCCGCAAAGCCCGCGCCCUCAAAGACGUCACAGCCAAGCUCGAGUAAGCAUCCCAAGAGCAGCGCACCCGAAACGCCUUUGCAUGCGCGGAUUUCAAGUGAUGAGGUAGACGAGGUGCAGCCUCAUGUCUAUCAAGACUUGGGCGAGAAACAGCAUGGUAGGCGGUUGGAUGAGGGUUCAUCACCCGAAGCAUCUUCUAGUCAAGAACCCAACUCAGCCCUCGACCACUACGAACGUGCCGUGGAGAAGGAGAAACAGGGAAGUUUAGGAGACAGUGUGAAUCUGUAUCGGAAAGCGUUCAAGCUCGACGAUCGAGUCCACGAGUCCUACAAGGCAAAGCAUUAUCCACCUUCAUAUUUUGCAUCUCUUCCGAAAGCACCAAAACCACCCACUCAGCCCCAGAGCCAAUCCUCAACCGCCAGCAAUAAUACUGCUCACCAUUCCCUAGCCGGACUUUCUUCAACUGUGAAGGACUUACUGGAUUCUUUCUCCAACCUCACCAUUCAAGGUCAAGAACCCCCUACGGAAUUUUCGCCACCACCGCCAUGUCCUAUCGCCAGCAUUCCCGAGGAAAUCCUUUCAGAAAUUCUCCUGCAUCUCGCGAUCAAAGACGUAGCAGCCUUCGUCCGCCUCAGCCAAGUUUGCAAGCGCUUCGCAUAUCUCGUAGCAACCGAGGACCGUGUAUGGAAGCGCAUAGCCCUCGGCCAUGAAUACGGAUUCGCAGCCAUGCACUACACAUUCGGCUGCCAGAUCGACGGCAAACCGCUCGGCGACGACGGCGAAGGCGGCUACAUCCUCGGUGACGACGACCUCGACCUCGAGCAAGACUCCACCUCUUCGCUGCCGAGCCCAGAGCUCGUCACGCCUAUGCUCGUCCCCUCGCCCUACCCAACUUAUCUCUCGCUUUUCCGCCGGCGGCCCCGCAUCCGCUUCAACGGCUGUUACAUCUCCACCGUCAACUACACCCGUCCUGGAGCUUCCUCCCCUCUCGCCAUCUCCUGGAACACGCCCAUUCAUAUCGUCACGUACUACAGAUAUCUCCGCUUCUACCGUAAUGGGACGUGCAUUUCGCUGCUGACGACUUCCGAGCCCGCGGACGUCGUCCCUUACCUAUCCAAGGAGCACGUCCACAAGAACCACGCCACACUCCCCACGGCACCCAUGAAGGACGCAAUGGUAGGCCGGUGGCGGUUAAGCGGCCCCGAGAUCCCAGGCUCUGAGGACAGCGAAAAGGAGGGCAUGGUGGUGGUUGAAAAGACGGGCGUUUCGUCAAAGUAUCUUGACAAGAUGGAGUUGAUCAUGGGCAGUGCGGGGAGAGGGGCUCGGAAUAACAAGCUGUCGUGGCAGGCUUAUUGGAGUUACAACAGGCUUACGGAUGAUUGGGCGCCGUACGGACUGAAGAACGACCGGGCUUUCUACUGGAGUCGGGUUAAGAGCUAUGGGAUGGGGCUAGAAGAGGAGACAUCAUGAUAGCACGUAUAUGAAAAGACAUGAAGCCGUAUGUAUCUUUGAUGAUCCACGAACCCCAAUCAAAAAAAAGUGGUUGCAAAAGGUUAUAAUAUUUUCUUUUUUUUUAUUGUGUCCGGGCCGUGUCGACACUAAUGCGC